UCUUCCUCCUGCGCCUGUCAUGGAAUUCCUGAGCGACUCUACAAGUGUCACCGCCACAAGAACUUGUUCUGCACAUUCAUAAUUCCCUUUAAAAAAUGCCCAAACACAGAGAGGGGGGGUUACUCAUUAACUUGCCCAACUUCAGCCGCUCCUUGAGACAAAUACAUUUGACCUUCACACUCGUCCCCAGCCUUUAUUUUUUUCCAGCCCAGCAGCCUCCUCCUCCGCCUCCUCCCUGCCCACAUUCCCCCCACCUCCCCCAGCUCAAAAACAAGUCUGCUUAGAUUAGCCACAGGUAAUUCGGGGUCUGCGGCUUCAGCAACAGCGGGACGCCCACCGCCAUCCCACUUCCCAGGUAAGGACCUUCAUCCGGAUAAAGAAAGACAUUUAGCUCCAUAGGAGGAAGAGAUUGCUGCAGCUGGAGGAAGAGUUGUCUGUGGUUGUAGUAAGUUCACUGGAUGACAUCGAGGCAGGAACAGGUGAAAAGCUCCACUUCAUUCCCAUCAUGACGUCAACAAUCAACCUGGGCCCCUCUGCCAAUCCCAAUGCUAAACCUACCGAUUUUGACUUCUUGAAAGUGAUUGGAAAGGGGAGCUUUGGAAAGGUCAUCCUGGCAAAGCGUAAAAGUGACAGUAAGUUCUAUGCAGUGAAGGUUCUGCAGAAGAAGACCAUUCUGAAGAAAAAGGAGCAAUCUCACAUUAUGGCUGAAAGGAAUGUCCUGCUUAAGAACCUGAAACAUCCUUUCCUGGUAGGCCUGCAUUAUUCCUUCCAAACUGCAGAAAAACUCUACUUUGUCCUGGACUACGUCAAUGGAGGCGAGCUUUUCUUCCACUUACAAAGAGAGCGCUCCUUCCUGGAACCCCGGGCCCGCUUCUAUUCAGCAGAGGUGGCUAGUGCUAUUGGCUACUUGCACUCUCAAAAUAUAAUUUACAGAGACUUGAAGCCUGAAAACAUCCUCCUUGACAGCCAGGGUCAUGUUGUUCUGACUGAUUUUGGUCUCUGCAAAGAGGGGAUGGAGCCAGAAGAGACCACUUGUACCUUCUGUGGGACACCUGAGUACCUGGCCCCUGAGGUCCUGAGGAAGCAGCCGUAUGAUCGCACCGUGGACUGGUGGUGUUUAGGCGCUGUCUUGUAUGAGAUGCUCUAUGGACUGCCUCCGUUUUACAGCCGGGAUGUUUCCCAAAUGUAUGACAACAUUCUGAACCAGCCGCUGCAACUCCCAGGAGGAAAGACAACCGCCACCUGCGACAUCCUCCAGGGUCUUCUGCACAAGGAUCAGCAUUGCCGAUUGGGUGCCAAGUCUGACUUUCUGGAGAUCAAGAAUCAUGUCUUCUUCAGUCCCAUUAAUUGGGAAGAUCUGUAUCAAAAGAAGAUUCCCCCGCCUUAUAACCCCAACGUGGCUGGUCCAGCUGAUCUACGUCACUUUGAUCCAGAAUUUACACAGGAGGCCGUGUCGAAUUCUCUGAGCCGCACACCCGACCUAGCCCUCUGCAGUUCCAGUUGCUCAAAUGCUUUUUAUGGCUUUUCCUAUGCGCAAAGCGAGGAUGACUUUUUGAAUGGAGAUAAUCAUGGAAACAAUGAUUUUAUAGGACAAUAAAUAAUUCCAUUUGGAUGAACGAACAAACAACUCCACACUCCCAUCGGCAGAUGAAAUGAACGAUAAGUCCUAAAGAUUGGUGCAUGGGUCCUUUGAUGUGUAAUGCAGACCAAUCUUGAACCAUUAUAUUGACUGAUGGACAAAGAUGAAGGAAGACAAGUGUUUGUAAGCUCAAAGUCUUAUUGUUGAUCAAUUUAAUAAGUACUGUAUAAUUAACAGGAGCAAGUGGCUUCUCAUUUUGACUUCACUGUAAAUAGUGCACCCAAGCCAUGUCAUCCUCUUUGCUACUGAUGAGGUUUAAUGUGGCUCCUCUAUUAAGGACUCACCUACCAACUAUAAGGAAUCUGCUACAGCAGUUUUGAAGGCCUCAAGUUGGCUUUUAUCUGAGACAUACUCAACACAAUCACUUUCUCAUAGAUCUGUGAAGUUAGUCCACGUAUUGUGGGGUCUGUGGUGUCCAAGGGCAUAGUGGCUGCUGUACCUUACUCUGCUACUUUACCUACCGUCAAGUGCCAUCGUAUCAAUCUCAUAUAUUCUCCAUAGCGUCUUUUGUCAAUGCCAGUGGAAGACAAGCCUAACUCUAGCUGUUCCUAAACACGUUUCCACCCACCUAUCUUGCAUACCCUGUAUAAAAAAAUGAUCUGUGUAUUUACCUAUAUUUACUCAGUCAUGUGAUCCAGCAUCUUCAGCUCCCCUGUGUCAGUGAGUGGCUGCUGCAGGGGAGAAGGCAGCAGCGCCGACAAUGCCUAGACCAUGGGAGUUUAUGGUUGACAAUAUGACUUCGAGAAAUUCACAGCCAUUGUUGAGAGCACCUUUACACAGGAGAGGCGGAGCUGCUGAAUCAUGUGUCUAGGCUGGCCCAGAU